AAUUUAAGAAGCCAAGCCUCUCCUAUGGGCUCCUCCACGACAUAGGAGUUGCAGUACUCUUUCUCUCUCUGAUAAUCGAGACCAUUUCUAGGGUUUCUCUCCUCUUCGAUUCUCGGCCGUCGGAUCGGUAGGCCGAGCAGAUCGAGAUCGAUCGGCUGAGAGAGAUCCGUCAAUGGCCUUGCAAAAGCAGGGGAUGGACCCUGCCGUCCUGGACGACAUCAUAAACCGCCUCCUGGAGGUCCGAUCUGUCAGGCCGGGGAAGCAGGUCCAGCUCUCGGAGUCCGAGAUCCGGCAGCUCUGCAUCGCUUCCCGAGACAUCUUCCUUCAACAGCCCAAUCUGUUGGAGCUCGAAGCACCGAUCAAGAUCUGCGGUGACAUUCAUGGGCAAUAUAGUGAUCUUCUAAGGCUCUUUGAAUAUGGGGGUUUACCUCCCCAGGCUAAUUAUUUAUUCCUAGGGGAUUAUGUGGAUCGGGGCAAGCAGAGCCUGGAAACAAUAUGCCUUCUUCUUGCAUAUAAAAUCAAAUACCCAGAGAACUUCUUUCUUCUACGAGGGAAUCAUGAAUGUGCUUCGAUAAAUCGAAUAUAUGGAUUUUACGAUGAAUGCAAAAGACGGUUUAAUGUGAGACUAUGGAAAGUCUUUACUGAAUGCUUUAACUGCCUUCCUGUGGCUGCUCUUAUAGAUGACAAAAUAUUAUGCAUGCAUGGUGGCCUUUCCCCAGAUCUGACAAGCUUGGAUCAAGUUAAAAACAUAACUCGUCCAAUUGAUGUCCCAGACACCGGUCUGAUUUGUGAUUUACUUUGGUCAGAUCCUGGUAGAGAUGUUCAAGGGUGGGGAAUGAAUGACAGAGGGGUCUCAUACACAUUUGGUCCUGAUAAGGUGGCGGAAUUCUUACUAAAGCAUGAUCUGGACCUUGUCUGCCGUGCUCAUCAGGUCGUGGAAGAUGGAUAUGAAUUCUUUGCUGAUAGACAACUUGUUACAAUAUUCUCUGCCCCCAACUAUUGUGGUGAAUUUGACAAUUCUGGUGCAAUGAUGAGUGUUGAUGAAAGCUUAAUGUGCUCUUUCCAAAUUCUUAAGCCUGCAGAGAAAAAACCCAAAUUCAUGGCGGCAACGAAAUAGGAUGACAAGAAAGCCCCAGUUAUUUGUGUUAUCAAGCCUGUGGAAGAGCUUGAAAAAAAUCAAAGCGCUGAAUGCAUGCAAACUUUGUGGCCAUCAUACAUCUUGGUGGAAUGAUCAUUCUGUGAGAAUACAGCUGUGGAGUUUCAGGAAACUGGCAGUCAGGAGGCGACGUUGAUUUUUACAGCAAAUGCUGGUUUUUUUCUUUCUUUUUUCUUUCUCAAUGCUGCUGUGUUAAAACUAAAGGGGUGUUGUCCUGUACAUACAUUGGGUCGUCUUGUAACCGACUGCAAAUGGUAGGUUGUGUUACGCCGGAAAACGGUCCGGUCACACGGUCUUGAAACAUUUCUUUUUGUGGUCAAGCCUCCCAAGAUCUGUUUGAGGUA